AUCAUGCAUUUUCAACUAGAUUUAUUACUGUGUCGCAGUCAAAAUGUGUUUUUUAUGAACAAUCUACAGUGAACAUACAAUUAUUUCUCGAAUGUGUGGUAUAUAUGAGACUUGCUAAAGAUAAGAGAUUACUACUAUAUACAGUAACACUUACAGAAAUAAACUAGCUGGGCGUGGCAGGUAAUGUUUCAGUUUCUAGUGGCAACUCAGCUUAAAAAAUCCUUGCCUUCUCUGUUGAAUAAAAUAAACACCAGAACUACCAUUGAUAACCACUUCAAAGAAAAUUCUCUUCUUCGUAUGGAGUUAUCGUCGUGGAUACCUUACCUUCCAAUCCUCCUUCCUCUUCUCAUCUUCCCAUUUUAUCUUCUGAGAGUUGGAAUUAAACCCAAAGAUCCAGACAGACUCAAGUUUCCACCAAGCCCUUCUAAGCUUCCCAUCAUUGGUAAUUUUCAUCAACUUGGUGAGACGCCACACCGAUCUUUAUGGGAACUCUCUAAAAAGUAUGGUCCGGUCAUGCUUCUGCAUCUCGGCAGUGUACCGACUCUUGUUGUCUCAUCAGCAGAAGCUGCAGAAGAAGUCCUGAGAAGAAAUGACCUUGAGUUUUGCAGUAGACCACGUUCAGUUGGUCCAAAACGCCUUUCUUACAACUUCUUAGAUAUUGCUUUUGCGCCUUAUGGAGAUUACUGGAGAGAAAUUCGAAAAGUAUGUGUUCACGAACUUUUUAGUGCGAAGAGAGUUCAAUCUUUUGGAGCUUUGAGAGCAGAAGAAGUUGCAGCCAUGAUUCACUCUAUAUCUAAAUCCAGUAUUUCUACAACUCCAGUUGAUAUUGUUCAAAAGUCAUUAUCUCUUACUGAUCAAAUUAUGUGCAAAGUUGCUUUUGGCACGAGUUAUGAGUUUGGAAGUGGUAGAUUUCAAGAAAUUGUUUAUGAAGCUAUUGAUAUGUUAGGAAGUUUCACUGCAACAGAUUUUUUCCCUGGAGUAGGUUGGAUUAUUGACAGACUGACUGGAAUGCAUGGAAGACUUGAGAAGAGCUUCCAUGAUUUAGAUACUUUUUAUCAGAAAAUCAUCGACGAGCAUCUCGAUCCGCAAAGAAUUAUAUCAGGCCAUGAAGACAUCAUAGAUGUUCUGCUCAAACUAGAGGACCGACGUAGCUCAAUCCGUCUAACCAAAGACCAUAUCAAGGCAGUUCUUAUGAAUUUAUUUCUUGCUGGAGUAGAGACAACUGCAGUUACCAUAGGUUGGGCAAUGUCAGAGCUGAUUAGAAGCCCUGCAUCAAUGAAGAAAGUACAAGAGGAAAUCAGAAGUUACGCAGGAAAUAAAGGGAAGGUAGAAGAAGUAGAUCUUGAUCAUCUUCAGUACCACAAAAUGGUAGUCAAAGAGACACUAAGACUUCACCCACCACUGCCAUUGCUGAUUCCUCGAGAGAGUAUACAACAGAGUAAGAUCGACGGAUACGACGUAUUACCGGAAACCAGGGUAUAUGUAAACGUGUUUGCGAUCGGAAGGAAUCCAAAGGAUUGGGAAAAUCCUGAUGAAUUCUUUCCAGAGAGAUUCAUAGACAACUCUAUUGAUAUUAGAAGACAAUCUUUUGAUUUUUUACCGUUUGGAGCAGGUCGAAGAGUGUGUCCGGGUAUUAGUAUGGGGCUCGCGACGGUGGAACUGGCACUGGCGAAUCUAUUGUACUGUUUUAAUUGGGAAUUGCCAAAUGGAAUGAGUAAAGAAGACGUAAAGAUGGAUGAAUCAUCUGGACUUACAGUUCACCAGAUAUCUGUUCUUCACCUUGUGCCUAUCAAACAUAUAUAAUUGUUGUUCCCAAUUAGCUAGACAAGACGCAUGAUGAACGAAAUUACUCAAAUGGGUGAUUGGAUUCUAUUUGCUUAUCUUGUAAUGGGUGUUUCGCCAAUCAAAUGAAAUAAUGCUGCUAUGAACU